AUGCCACUCUAUGCCAAGUUCCUAAAAGAGCUCAUGACAAAGAAAAGAAACUGGGGAGAAAAGGAAACUAUAGUGCUCACAGAAGAAUGCAGUGCCAUUAUACAAAAGAAGCUUCCCCAAAAGAUGAAAUAUCCUGGGAGCUUUCAAAUCCCCUGCAUCAUAGGGGAUAUUAGCAUUAAAAAAGUAUUAUGUGAUCUAGGAGCUAGCAUCAACCUUAUGUCCUUGGCCAUGAUGAAGAGAAUGAGAAUUGAAGAAGCCAAACUAACAAGAAUGGCACUUCAACUAGCUAAUAGGACAUUCAAGUUUACCCAUGGAGUAGUAGAAGACUUGUUAGUUAAAGUGGGAGAGUUCAUCAUCCCAACUGAUUUUGUUAUGCUUGACAUGGAGGAAGAGUCUAAUGCAUCAAUCAUACUUGGAAGACCAUUCUUGGCAACAGCUGGAGCGAUAAUUGAUGUGCAAAAGGGAGAGUUGGUCCUAAGACUGCAUGAAGAAAAGAUGGUGUUCAAUGUUUUCACUGCAAUGAGCUACCCCAAGGAGUCCAUUGGAGAAUGUAUGAUAGUGGACACAAUGGAAAAACUGGUUCAAGGAGUCUUAGAAGAAGAUCAAUGUGAAGAAGCAAUGGAGCAAGAUCAUCAAAUAUCAUGUGGUGAACUACCACAAGAAAGCAUAGAAGGCUCAAUCAUGCUAGACAAGGCAACCAAGGGGAAGGUGGAAGCACCAAAGCUGGAGUUGAAAACCCUGCCCCCAAGCUUGAAGUAUGCUUACUUGGGGAGCAAUGACACAUACCCAGUAAUCAUCAACUUAAGCUUGAGUGAAGAACAAGAAGAUAAGCUCAUCAAUGUGUUGAGGCAACACAAGGAUGCCGUAGGGUGGACACUUUCAAAUUUAAAGGGGAUUAGCCCUUCAAUGUGCAUGCAUAAAAUCCUUCUUAAGGAGGAUGCCAAGCCCUCAAUACAACCCCAAUGA